GCGUUGUAUAAAUCUACACGUCCUUUCCUCCCUUACUUCAGUUGUCUUGCUGUGGCAGUGACUGCACGGACUCCUGUGAUACUUAAGAUCUUUCCUUCUCUUACUAUUAAAAACUUCUUGAAUCUUGAUCGAGUACAAUGGCUACUCCAGGCAAAGGUUACUCUUACGUUGACCUGAAUGAGCUUGUCCGCCAGAACUACAGCGCAGAGUCUGAGGCAGGCGUCAACAAGCAGAUCAACAUGGAGCUGUCAGCUAUGUACACCUAUCUCUCCAUGGCCUAUUAUUUUGACAGGGCUGAUGUAGCUCUUCCCAACUUUGCAGCUUACUUCAAGAAGGCAGCUCAUGAGGAGUUCGAACAUGCUGAGAAGUUCAUGGAGUUCCAGAACAAGAGAGGUGGUAAGAUCAUCCUCUCUGAUAUCAAGAAGCCAGAGAAAGACGAGUGGGGGGUUGGUAUUGAUGCCAUGACUGCUGCUCUGGCUCUGGAGCGUAAAGUCAACCAAGCUCUGCUUGAUCUUCAUGCUGUGUCGGACAAAGGGAAUGACUACCAGAUGUCUGAUUUCAUUGAGGGCAACUUCCUUCAUGAGCAGGUUGAUGCCAUCAAGGAGCUGACUGGACACAUCACUAACCUGAAACGUGUUGGUGUCACAGGUCUUGGUGAAUACCAGUUUGAGAAGGAGUCCCUCUCUUCUUAAGAAGUCUCUUAAGAACUUGCCUCAUGUUGCUGAACUGAACUAUUAUACUAUAUAUUAUAUUAGGCCUUUGGUAUGCUAGCUUAUUAUUAAUCUUAGCUGAUGUGCUGUUACCCUUUUUUUGAGUAAAAUUGUAACUUGAACAAUAAAAAAAGAUUUGAACAAAAA